AUGGACGAGAUCCAAGACAACAAGAAAGAUGCCGCGACACCAGGGAGUCCUGCGCUUGAUGAAGAUGCCGGAAAGUUAGCGACGAUUGAUGAUCUUGAAGUCGAUACAUUCUACGGAUCUUCGACGACCAGAGCAUAUCGUAUGAAAUCUGAGCUUGUCGGGAAGUGUAUGGAAGAUAUUGGGAUGGGAUGGUUUCAAUGGAAGCUUUUUGUUGUGACUGGCUUCGGAUGGAUAGUCGACAAUGUAUGUGCAAUAAUCUUCCUGUCAAACAUACCGCAACUAAACCACCAGCAGUUUGCAUCUCAGGGUAUUGGAAGUGUCCAGCCUCCUAUAAAGCAAGAGUUUUCGGGCAUAGUGCAAGUCAGCUACAGCUCCGUUGCGUACUAUGUGGGCUUGAUCCUGGGUGCCUCGUUCUGGGGUUUGUCUAGCGACCUUGUCGGGCGCAAGCCAGCAUUCAACUGCACUCUGCUAAUCGCCGGGGUGUUUCUAUGUGCUGCUGCUGGCUCAAUGAAUUUCGUGGCGUUCAGCGCACUUUGGGCUGUGAUUGGCACCGCUGCAGGUGGAAAUGUCCCUGUUGACUCCAUGAUAUUUUUGGAGUUCGUUCCGGGCAGUCAUCAAUAUCUUCUUACUGCUCUUUCAGCAUGGUGGAACUUGAGUCAACUUAUCGUUUCACUGAUAGCAUGGGUCUUCUUGGCCAACUUCAGCUGCCCGACCGAUGCCACCCCGGAUACGUGCUCACGCAGUCAGAAUAUGGGAUGGAGAUAUACUUUGAUCACCCUAGGAGGUCUUGCGCUAAUGUUCACUUUCGUUCGCAUCUUUGUAUUCAAGCUUCCUGAGACACCCAGAUACCUGCUCUCCCAAGGAAGAGAUCAAGAUGCAGUCGAUGCCGUCAAUCAUGUUGCCCGUCAGAACGGAAAGCCCGAACCCCUUACCAUUGGAAUGCUUCGUGAUAUAGAUGCUCGACUGGGCAAUGAAAUCGAAGGUGAGGCUGGAGUCACGCGAAUGUCUACCAAGGAGAUAGUGAAGGAAAACAUGCAGGCCUUUCGCGGUGAACAUUAUCGCGCGUUGUUUGCGACUCGAAGAUUAGGGAGGCAGACGCUCAUUAUUUGGUUGAUCUGGCUGACAGUUGGUAUUGCUUACCCCUUGUUCUUCGCCUUCUUGCCUUCAUAUUUGGCGACCAAGUUCACAGAAAGCUCUUCCCUCUACCUGACAUAUCGCAAUUACUGCAUAACAUCUGCUGUCGGAAUUGUGGGUCCGUUGUCGGCUGCGGUAGGUGUCAACACUCGCCUAGGCCGGCGUUGGAUGAUGGGAACUUCGGCAGUGGUCACCGCGGUCUUUCUGUUUGCAUAUGUUGGUGUCAAUAGCUCAUCUGCCGACUUGGCCUUUUCGUGCAUCACUAGCCUACUGGCAAACUUUGAAUAUGCCAUCAUGUAUGCCUUUACUCCCGAAUCAUUCCCAGCGCCACAUCGCGGCACGGGCUCUGGUACAGCGGCUGCGCUUCUUCGGCUGGGAGGACUGAUCGCUAGUCUCAUUUCAUCUCAGACUGGCUUCACAAGUGCGCCAAUUUAUGCUAGCGCUGCAUUGUGGGUUGCCGUCGGAGUUUUCUGUCUGGGUUUACCAUUCGAGACACAUGGACAUGAUGCGCUUUAG